AAAACAGUGUUUUCCAACAGUCAAUUCCUCAGGUUAAAGCAAGAACUUGGGUUUUCGAGAUUGACUUGGAAGUUGAAUUGCAGAAGCCCAUUAAUACCUUGUGGGGCUAUACUUCCCGCAACUGCAUCACCUGAGGCACAGUCUCAGACUUCACCUCCCAGCAACCACGAAGCAACGAAUGCUUCCGUAUAUUAAUCUGGUCACUCAAUUGCCCGGGACCUAUCUCAGAAAAUGGCAGAAAGCCAGCCUCCAAAUGCACCUGCGCCUCCGCCUGCAGGCGAUGCCGGUCAAGCCGCUGGGUCUGCUGCUAAAGCUGCGCCCAAGGCAGAAGGCAAUCCUGCUCUUCGAGCAAUGGGUCUCCCCAGCCGCUUCAAGUUGCCUUCACGAAACUGGAUGAUCUUCCUCACCCUGUCAUCCACGUUCGCCGGCUUCCUCAUCUACGACCGGUACGAGAAGAAGAAGAUCCAGAAGAAAUGGUGUACUUUGGUUUCACACAUUGCGGACGAAUCUCUGCCCACAUCAACCAUGCCGCGCAAGCUCACCGUAUUCCUAUCGGCGCCUCCUGGCGACGGGCUUCGGCCCGCACGGGACCAUUUCAACGAGUAUGUCAAGCCGAUUCUCGUUGCGGCAGCAAUGGACUGGGAUGUCAUUGAAGGUCGCCGCGAGGGCGAGGUGCGAACGAAGCUGGCAGAAAAAGUUCGCAGACUGCGCCAGAUCCGGGGCGAGGUUGCGGAGAACCCGACCGAGCCUGAUUCAGAGCUACUCGUCCAGGCCACGCGCCAGACUACAGGGAUUCAAGAAUGGGACGGAGUCAAAGGAGAUCUUGUUCUCGGACGGCACACAUGGAAGGAGUAUCUGCGGGGACUGCAAGAGGGGUGGCUAGGACCGUUGGAUGCGCCAGUUGUCCCGACCGCAGAGACCGCCUCAUCCUCUCCAACGCCGGCCGAUUCACCUGCUACAGACGACGCUUCUCCCACCGCUGCUCCCACAUCCACAUCCGAAUCCGAAUCAACAACACCCACAGCCAACGACGACGCAAACAAAUCUGAAGCGCCACUUGAGCCCCAGCAGGAGCAGCCCCAGCAGCAAGACCAACAGCCCGAGGACGCAGCCUCCAAAUCCAAAACCAAACCUCCCGCCGUGCUAACCCCGUACAUCUCCCCAUCGUCCUACGCCAGCGCACCACUCCCGCCCAGUUUCCCUGCUGAGCUCGACCCUUCGGGUCCUAUCCCCUUUCCUCAUAUCCUCGGUAUCCUCAACACUCCUACACGCGUCUACCGCUUCCUCACGCGCCGCCACCUCGCCGACCAAAUCGGCCGCGAGACCGCUGCCGUCGUAUUUGCCGCUUCCAGGGCAUAUAAAGAGGACGUACCCACCAGCCCUUCCUCCGAAUCUUCUGGUCCUUCUUCAUCGUCGUCAGAAACAUCCGCGUCGUCUGAUAAUUCUCCAUCCGCAUCUUCUCCUGCCACAUCAACUGACGCAUACGCCACCGCCACCACAUCAUCGCCAUACACAUGGGAACAGAAAUCUCUUCUUGCGCACGAGGAAAAAGAAUGGCAUAAAUCUGCACACAAGCGCGCCGAAAACGAAGGCGAGCGGCCCUGGCUCGAGAGCAUCGUGCUCGAUGACCGCAUCGCGACCCGCAUGAGACGCUUUGAGCUGGAGCAGGACCAGGAACAGCGAGCGAAUCGGAUCGCAGAGGGCAAGGAAGGCGUUUUGGGCGCUGAAGUCUCGGAUUAGUUCUGUGUCCUAUUUCUCUUUUCCCCCGCUUUUGUUAAUCUUUUUUUUUUGGCUUUAUUGCUUUAUUGCUUUGUUGCAUU